CAUGAACCCCUCAGCCGCCGGUUCCUGGUGGCCAUGAAGAGGCAGAACGUGCGGACGCUGUCCCUGAUCGUCUGCACGUUCACCUAUCUGCUGGUCGGGGCCGCGGUGUUUGACGCGCUCGAGUCGGACUUCGAGAUGCGGGAAAAGGAGCAGCUGGAGGCUGAGGAGAAGCGCCUCCAGGGCAAGUACAACAUCAGUGAGGUUGACUAUAAAAAGCUGGAGACCAUCAUCAUGGAGACCGAGCCGCACAGAGCAGGGGUCCAGUGGAAAUUUGCAGGGUCCUUUUACUUUGCCAUCACUGUCAUAACCACCAUAGGUUAUGGCCACGCGGCUCCAGGCACAGAUGCUGGAAAGGCGUUCUGCAUGUUUUACGCGGUGCUUGGGAUCCCUCUGACACUAGUGAUGUUCCAAAGCCUCGGCGAGAGAAUGAACACCUUCGUCAAGUACAUGCUGAAGCGCAUCAAAAAGUGCUGCGGGAUGCGCAUCACAGAAGUCUCCAUGGAGAACAUGGUCACCGUGGGCUUCUUCUCCUGCAUGGGAACGCUCUGCAUCGGCGCGGCAGCUUUCUCCCAUUACGAGGACUGGAGUUUCUUUCAGUCAUAUUACUAUUGUUUCAUAACGCUCACCACCAUUGGGUUCGGGGACUUUGUGGCCCUGCAGAAGAACAAAGCUUUGCAGAGAAAGCCCCUCUAUGUGGCGUUCAGCUUCAUGUACAUCCUAGUGGGGCUGACGGUCAUCGGGGCCUUUCUCAACCUGGUGGUCCUUCGUUUCCUGACCAUGAACAGCGAGGACGAGCGGCGGGAUGCCGAGGAGAGGGCUUCCCUGGCGGGGAACCGCAGUAGCAUGAUUAUCCACAUCCAGGAGGACACGCUCCAGAGGAGUCGACGGAGACGAGAACAGCAGCAGCAGCGCUACAGAUCCGAGGUCACCGAUCUCCAGUCCGUUUGCUCCUGCAUGCACUACCAUUCGCACGAAUUCGGGAGCUCGGUCGGCCUCGGGUUGGGAAUGGGAGGAGGAGGAAGCAGCGGUGGUGGUGCGUUUCCACACCAGAACUCGUUCGGCUCCCAGUUGAGCCCUCAUCAGUACCAUCACUACCACUCAACGGUGUCCUGCCGCAUAGAGGAGAUCUCGCCGAGCACGCUGAAAAACAGUUUCCUUCCCUCCCCCAUCAGCUCCGUCUCACCCGGGCUGCACAGCUUCACGGAAAACCUCCGGCUGAUGAGAAGACGCAAGUCCAUCUGAGGACCGACGGCAAUUGCUGAACACACAUAUCCAAUGCUGCUGCUCUACCAAACCUCAUUCCGGCACUUUUUUCGUCAUUUUCAGGCUCUUGCGAGAUGACGUUGGACCAGCAGGACAUUUGAUCGCUCGGUGGAUAUAUUGGAACUUCGUUAAAAAGCAUGAAGCAUGGAUGUCUAUUUUUACAGAAAACAUUGCCUGGGCCUUCUUCGCCCUUUUGAGCAGCACCUCAGUGGAUUUGGAUAUAAUAAUACUAUCCUGAUAUCUUAUCAGAUGAUGCACACUUGUGUUUUGAAUAAUACAGA